AUGGCUCAAAAUUUGUCCUAUCCAAAGUAUAAUGACGCAAACAAGUCUUCUAAGACGAAACAAUCUUUUCAAAAUACAUACAAAAGUAUUGAUAAUGAAAGCAUCAUCAAUAGUAUUACUGGUUAUGAAAAUGAUCUUGGAGAUAGAUUAGAACGAUUGGAACGUGAAGCUGGCAUGCAAGCACAACAGAUCGAAUUGAAUGAAUGUCUUGAAUGUAUUGCUCAACUUCUUGAUUUAUUUAAACGUACUGUUAUUACCUCCGAACUUCAAAAUCAAAAUGAUUGGCAUUAUAACAUACGACAACAGUUACAACAACAUAAUGGUGUUACUGGUAAUAGACUUCUUGAUGAUAAAGUCGAGAAGAUCGUUAUUAACAAAGGUUUAACCAAAGAACAAUGGAAUUGUCUUCUCUAUAUGGUAUUAAGUACUGGUGAUAAAGUAGAAUUAACCAAAGUUAGCAAGAAAUAUUUACAAAAAGUACGUGAUAAAGCAUCACGUCUUCUUGAAGCUGGUGAACAGAAUGCAGUAUUUGCUUUGAUUAAUGCUAUCGAAAAAUUUAUAUCGAAAAAUUAUUCCACUGAAAAAUGA